AUGCCGUGGCUUCUCAGCAAGAAGCGACAGCAGUCGUCAUCCAGCAGCACCAGUGGGCAGCCCUGGGCUGCCACCAGCUCUAGCAGCACCUCCCAGCUCCGGGAGGAGGGGCUGGGCAGGCUGCACCGCGCGGCCGCCCGCGGCGACCUGACCUGGCUGAGGUGCUGGCGCUGGUAUGUGAAGGUAGUCGGCAUCGACAGGCCAGACCAGGAGAUGCGGACACCUCUGCAUCUCGCUUCGGCCAAUGGCCAUGCAGAUGUCGUUAGAUAUCUGCUAAGAAAGAACAGCCAGCCCAACCUCGCUGACAGCUUCAAGAAAACAGCCCUGAUGAAGGCAGUCCAGCAGGAGCAGGAAGAAUGUGUUGCUAUUCUGCUGGAACACGGUGCCGACCCCAAUCUGGCAGACGCUGACGGCAACACUGCCCUUCACCUGGCUGUCCUCUCUAAAAACACAGCUGUAGCAGGGCUGCUACUGGAGCAUCAUGCCAAGAGUGAUGCUCAGAACCAGUGGGGAUUUACCCCCUUCAAACUUGCAGCCUUCCAACAGCAUGAGGAGAUUCUGGAGUGCCUUCUGAAAAAAGCAGCUGACAGGCCUGCUCAAACCCAAUGUGAAAGGACUGCUUUUGUGGUUCCUGGAACCCAUGAGGCUCACCUGGAGGAAGAUAAUCUGCACUUGCAGGAGGAGUUGGACAGGGCUGACAUGGAGCUGCAGGAGGAGGAAGAAAAGCAUCUUCAGUCCGAGCAUCCUGUUGGUGACUUGAAGACUGCCUUGGAUGACAAGGAAAGAGAAGCAAGAACUUCUUCCCAGAAACUGCAGGACCUCCUGUUGGCAUCUUCCGAGACCAAUCCGACCGUAAAACAACUGGAAGAAGACGCGCAACACUUUGCAAGUGGAAACAGCAGAUUGGAAGCCACUGUCCAGCAGCCAAGCGACAGCGCUGAAGCCCUUCCGAGAGACUUGCAAGCCUCUGCCUCAGGUGGUGAACUUUCCCAGCAGCUGGACAUGGAGCCUAGAACAGGCAUGCAGCCAGAAGCCCAAAAGCAGGCUUUGCAGGAAGAGCUGUCCACUCUGCUUGGGAAGUGUGAAAAACUGGAGAAGAACCAAUGCCAGCUGCAAGAAGAGGUGACAAAACUCCAUCAUCAUUUGGAGACUUUGGGGCUGGAUGGCAGCGAAACAGAACAAUGGAAAAGAGAGGUGGAAGAAGGAGUUGACCAGGAAAUAAGUCCAAAGCACAACACACACUGCUCAU